AUGAAAUCAGUCCGCACCCUGCAUUGUUCGGACAUCUCAGAGAGUUCUCUGGAGGAAAUCAAUGGCCUCAGCGAGCUGACCAACCUGAAGGAUUUGAAGUUACGUGUGCCCACUUACUUCCCAGGCAUGACGAUUGGAUGUUUCGAUGCUUUGCUCUCCUCCAUUGGAAUGCUUGGAGACCUCAAGCACCUCUCCCUCGAGUGCUGGCAUAAAUACGAUGGCUACGACAGCCAGUUGGACUCAUUGUCCGAUCCUCCACCCUAUCUCCAGACAAUCCAUUUGAAAGGUUUGUCAUUUAAUAUAGUUCCAAAAUGGAUUGGUGAGUUACGCUGCCUCCGGAUCCUCUCUCUGCGUGUCUUGUACCUGCCGAGUGACAUGGUUCGUGUUCUUGGAAAACUUCCCUCCCUCGUCUUCGCCAGGUUCUACGUGUCGGACGUCUCCCAAGACAAGGUGGUGGUCCGCACGGGGUUGUUCCCGGUUCUAGAGUGCUUUGAUUUCCAGUCCGAUGAAGAUGUCACCGCGAAUCUGAGCUUCGAGCCAGGAGCUAUGCCCAAGCUCCAAAGGCUCGCUCUGGCAUUCGACUGGCAAGAGUGGAGAGGCGCCACACCAACUGGCAUGGAGUGGGAGUGCCUACUCUGCCUCCUGGACAUUGACUUGAGUAUUACUACUGUUUCAAGCAAUAAUAAUCUGAAACAUAAAUACGAUACUAUGGAGUCUGCAUUCAAGGACGCCGCACGGAUGCACCCAAGACAUCCCUCUGUUACAUAUUUUUAG